AUGGAAACAACCUUUUUCUUCGAGAAAGACAUUAUAUCUUUACAAAACAAUCAGCUUUUAGAUGGUGGUUUGCGUGUGAACAGGUUCCCUAGCGGGGUAUUAAAGGUAGUGGGGAGGAAGCGAGGCCAAGUAACCUGUUCUCUCCAUACCAAACUCUUUCAGGAGCCUGUUCACAGGGUAAAUGGUCACAGUAUCCACUUGGUAAGUAAUGACCAUCAUGAUUACAAUUAUUAUUCAAUCAAGUUUCUUUUUUCAGUUUUCUGGCUUGUAUCCUCCUGUGUCUAUAAAUUAUAUCCAGAUAGUGUGAAAAUGUUUGAUAUCAUUUUUAUCGUAAACUAAAAGUCUGAAACGAAGCUUAAGACCACUGUACGUUUGGCAAAGACAGUGGGGCUCAGUUCUCGGUAGUGGCGCGUUAUCAGUAUGGAAUUUUGCGUUUCUCAGGCUAUAAUCCACCCUGUUUGGUUCGUCUCAUAAAAAGUUUGACGUUUUGCGCUCGAUGAUUUGCUCUAAGAAAAAUUGUAAAGAGGAGUGCUGAAAUUUGAACUUAACGGACUGGGCCCUAAUAUUCUGCUCAAAGGCAUUCUAACUAGCGCGUGAUUCGAACAGAAGUUACUUCUCCUUUGCGCGCGCGCUAGCAGUAACAGUUCUUAGUUUUAAAAAUAUUUUUUAGGUUUAUAUUAAUGAAGUAAUAUUAGUAUGAAAAAGCGGUUUAUCUUAGCUGUAAAUGUAACCCUGUGCUUUCUUUUAAAACUUGAAAGAAAUUUUUUUGCCAUAAAAGCACCGUCUUGUAAAUAAACGCAUUACUUUUCGUUCACCGUUUUACGACUCGGAACCUUCGUUUACUUCAUGCAACUCUUUAUUACGACAUUCCGACGUCAUUAAGUUUUUUCGCUUUUCCCGUUCAGCUACAGUCACGAAAUUUAGAGAAAGCUAAACCAUUUUUUUUUUUCGAGGAUAAGCACUUUUUGACAGCCCGGUAAUAGAGAAUUAACUGCUUGUAUGAAGAUGGAGGUAGGUGUUUCUCUCUUUUUCUUUUUUUUUUUUUUGGUUUCAAGUUUAAAAAAAGGAAAGAAAAAAACACAGAGUUUUUCCAAAAUGAAAUUCCUUAAAACACCAUUUAAACUCGGGAUCGUGCAAAAAUUUAAAGAACAAGGUUUUGAAAGGUACUUUCAUUGGGAUAAUACUGUAGUUUCCUGUAUCAUUAACUCAGUGGAUGAUUGAUGUUGUGAGAAAGAUGGGGAGAUGUGCGUGUAUGCUCCGAUCAUACACCAAAAUCAUGUCUCCAAAUAGAGCACAAAAAUGUUUUUUUUUUCUUUUCCUUUUGUUUAAGCAUAAUAUAUUUCUCUUAGAUGAAGCAGCAGGAUUUGGAUUUGAACAAUUUUAUAAAUGGUUAGCCUGCGAGCAAGCUCUCCUAUUUGGGCGAGUGAAGCGAGUCUCGCGACAACGCGCGAGCGAGCAGCGAAGCCGCGAGGGGCCUGCGAAAGGAGAGCUUGCAACCAUCCCUUACAAAUUUUCAUUUGUACUUCGCCCAGACGAAGGGAAAUACCAUUGGCUGAAAAAUGACGUUCCGGAAAUCAAAGUUGAUUGAUAACAGGCUAAGCUGGCACCGGCUUCGUCUGUGUGUCAUAUUUGGUUCUCAGGGGAUCAGAUUGGUACCGAGAACUUGUUUCAGCCCUCAAAGCAGACGGGCUCGUUUGAUGUAAUUCUGGUAAAGAGAAUAUUGCGAGCCGAGGAUAAGUCGGAUCGAGUUUGUAGUUCUUGUGGAAGGAAAAUGAAAACCCUUCAUCACUGAGUUGUAUUCGUUUGUGUCAAGUACCUUGUUUAGUUCUGAAAACCGGGAGAGUGAAAGUGAAGAGUGAUUGAAGCGCUGUUUUCCAACAUCGGUUUCUUCGCCCGGUUGAAUUCUACUGGGUGGAAAAAUUCAGAAACAUGUCCUUGACAGUGUAGCUGUGUAGCGUGACCGUAAAGAAGGAAAAGAGAAAGUAAACGAAACGAGAAUCAAAUUAGUGAGUUCUUAUCCGAGCGGACACGUUGAAGUUCGAUGUCCCCGUGAAAAAAAAAAACAUAAAAACAUUGCUUUGAUGCUGUUGCGAAAGCGAUUUAUAAAUAAAUAAAUAAUUCUAUGCGUCCUCGGCUGUCUUAACUUACUUGACAGGCGGUUGUCACUUUUCUAAUCUGCGGCACGUUUGCGGUGACAGUUUUCACGCUUUGCGGAGUCCCGGGGUUUCCGGGGUGGAAAUGAAAAUUUAUGAGAGAUCGUUGCAAGCUCUCCUUUCCUCGGCCCCCUCGCUCGCGCGUUCUCGCGAGGCUCACUUCGCUUACCCAAAUAGGAGAGCUUGCUCGCAGGCUAAUAAAUGGUUUAAGUCAACAACAGCCAAAAUUUCUUAACAAUUAGAUCUCAUUUUACAGGCAUUAAUGUUAUGGAAGGCAGUUGACGACUACGUUCACGGUAUUAUACGAGAUUCAAGGAGGAAGAAAUACAAAAUACAAACUCUUAGCUGCGAAGAAGAGAGCAAGGCUGAUGUGUCAACGCAAUUUAAGUCUGCGAUAACUGAGGUAAUACUUACUUAAUGUGUGCGUCUAAGACGAUUUUUUAAUGUUAAAUCCCUUUCAGUUACACUUAAGGAUAUAAUUCCAGAAUAGAGACCUAAACAGGGAGGGUAUUCCCUACUUUGUCUCCCCACUGAUGGGCUCUUUUUUGCGCCGGCCACGCGGGCUAGGUUGAAUGUGAUGGUUCGGGUACGCCCAUGAAGAUUUUGUAGGCGUGGGAGGUGUGAGACGCUAUAAAGAAGGUGGUAAGUUCCUGACAUACAGAUUGCAUUUGUCUUGGCGAAAAGGCGCAUUGGCCUACGUCAACUGGUCACCUUAAAUAUUUGACAUCCAUGAAACAAUUCACCUGCAUAUGAUGACCAGCAAAGUGACAUCUUCUUCUUUACAUCUACAUCUAUAAAGAGGCUUUUAUUUUAUGUUCCCUUGAUCUCAUCUAAAUUUUAUAAACUCUCUUCUAGAAAAAAAAUUCGGGCGUUGGAAAGAAGAGAGGAUCAAUUGCUCCAUUAACAACUGAGCGACGUAAGCAAAUUACUCUUUUAUUUUUAGUCUUCUUCUAUUCCUAACACCGGCUAACAGAUCGACACAAUGACAGAAUUGAUCACAUACACGUUACAUUCGCCGGCUUUACUUGAUUAUGCAUGCUGAUUUAUUCACUACUUGCCAAGUUUGGAUGCCGAUGUCCUUGUUUUCCAGGAGCAGUUGAAUUCUUCCUUCAAGUAAGAGUUCAACUUCUCUUACAAAGCAAGGCACAUCAAUCAAUCUGACAAAUUUAUCAACCAAAACCAAAAUAUUAAGCGCAUAUUUCUUGGAUAAUUUUGAGAAUUCUUGAACAUUUCUUUGUCCAACGCUUUUCAUCGGAGGCGUGCAUAUUUAAACUACUAGAAGUAGCCAGGUGUCUUCAAAAGUUACACCAUUUAUGAAUGGCCACUUAUGAACCUUAUGACUCAUAAGUCAGGUACAUGUAGCUGUCGGACGCCAUUCAUUUAUUUACUGAGACGAUUUGGUGUUGAUGUGUCGUCUUAAAAGAGCGGUUGAUUUCUUUCUGUAAGUCUUUUCUUACAUGGCAGACCAAAUUAAUAGUCAGUCCGCAGUCGAUGAAGCCAUCCGUCCAUCCGUCAGUCCAACCUGCAACAACAAACCAACUAAUCAAUCAAUCAAUCAAUCAAUCAAUCAAUCAAUUGAUCAAUCAAUCAAUCAAUCAAUCAAUCAUUCGUUCUGGGCUCGUUCGGUCUUUCGGUCAGUAGUUUGCUCGUCUUGCUCCGAUUCCCUCCUUCGUUCCUUCCUUCAUUCAACUGAGAGCCAAGAUGUCCUUGUUUUGCAGGAGCAGUUGAAUCCCUCCUUUCAGUAAGGGUUCAACUUCUCUUGCAAAGGAAAGAACAUCAAUCAUUCGUUCUAGUUCUGGGCUUGUUCGGUCUUUCAGUCGGUAUUUUAUUCGUCUUCCUUCCCUCCUUCUUUAUCUAUUCAUUCAAUUGGUGCCAAUAUGUCCUUGCUUUGCAGGAGCAGUUGAAUUCUUCCUUUCAGUAAGGGUUCAACUUCUCUUACAACAGAAGGAACAUACAAUCAAUCAUUCGUUCCCCUGGGCUCGAUCGGUCCUUCAGUCGGUGUCUCGUUCGUCUUCCUUCCUUCCUUCCUACCUUCCUUCAUUCAUGCAUUCACUCUACUAGGUACCAAGGUGUCCUUGUUUUGCAGGAGCAGUUGAAUUCCUCCUUUCAGUAAGGUUUCAACUUCUCUUACAAAGGAAGGUACUUCAAUCAAUCAAUCAUUCGUUCUGGGCUCGUUCGGUCUCUCAGUCAUUAUUUUGUUAGUCUUCCUUCCUUCCUUCCUUCAUUCAAGUGGGUACCAAGAUAUCCUUGUUUUGCAGGAGCAGUUGAAUUCCUCCUUUCAGUAAGGGUUCAACUUCUCUUACAAAGCAAGGCAGAUCAACCAACCACUCAAUCAAUCAUUCGCUCUGGGCUCGUUUGGUCUCUCAGUCAGUAGUUUGUUCGUCUUCCUACCAUCCUUCCUUCCUUCAUUCAUUCAACUGGGAGUCAAUAUAUGCUUGUUUUGCAGGAGCAGUUGAAUUCUUCCUUUUAGUAGGGGUUCAACUUCUCUUACAAAGGAAGGCACAUUAAUCAAUAAAACGAUCAAUGAAUGAAUCAAUCAAUCAAUCAAUGGAUCAAUCCAUCGAUAAAUCAAAACCAAAAUGCGUAUUACCGAUAAUCUUGAGAACUGUAGAAGAAUGCUUUUUCCUUAAACCUUUUCUUCGGAAGCGCCCAUCUAAGACUUUAAAACUAGUAAAAUUGACUCCAGUGUCUAUUUGCAGUGUUGAAAAGAAUAAUGAUAAGCGUCUUAUUUGUCCUUUAGCCAUGUCUGACUGAAUCAAUCCAUUAAUCAGUCAAUCAAAAUCGCCUAGUCCACGGAGACCUCCGAAACACAACUACGUGCCAUUAAAACUACUGAGUACUAUCUCCUUUUUCUUCUACUAAUCAAAAUUUUAUUCAGCUUAUAAAGGCUGAGAAUAUUGAUUUAAACGUUUCUGAUCCCAUUUCCAAAAACAAAAUAAUAAAGAACAGUUAUGGUAUGACCUUUAAAAAUGUCAACUCAGUGUCUGUAAACAAAAACCAAACAAACAAACAAAAAGUCAUGUAAGUUUGAUUACGGAAAUUUAUAUUGUUCGUUAUUUUCAGCUUUCAAAGGGAAGCAGCCACGGAAAAAUUCGUUACUCCACUUGGACGAAAUCAGCAAACUUGUGGACGAGAAAAAUGCAACUGAGUUUAAGGAUUUUAUCUUUUUUCCAGGUAAGUAACUUACUUUAAAAGAUUAAUUUCUUUCUCUGAAACCACAAAAAGAUUUUUUGAAGCAAAAUAUCUUGACGUUGCCUCAUUGAUUUGACUUUCUGAGUCGUUGAUCACUCCGAUCGUCCAUUGCGCCGUAUUCACUAUUUUCACUUAGUUCAUAAUCCCUGUUUACUCACCCAAAUUUUACAUAACCAUUGUUUCUAACCUUUCCUGGGUAUUACAGUCUUCCAAUGAGAAUCGCCACAAGAGAAAUCGAAGACAACGGUUAUGCAAAAUUUAGAGGAGGGGGUGGGUAAAAGAGAUGCAUUAUGGUCUCGGUGGAAAUGGAGAAUACAGUUUAUAUUUCAAGGCCCCAUUCCCGGACCUUGGUUGGACCGGAGAUAUUAACCCAGCACUGCUUAUCAGAAGAUUAGGUUAAAACUGACCAGAGACCCAAUGGUAACUUCAUGGCCAUGUAGUUUAUUAUUACACUGUAUUAUUAUCAUUAUUUGGUAAUUGACGUCUUUUAUUUUAGGGCUUCAGGACGUGAAUGGAAAUGACAUUGUAAUCAUCAACACAUCAAAGCUUCCCAAGAAGUCCCAGUUUUCGACAAAGAAAGGUUUUAAAAGUGUCAGAGAUGCCCUAAUCUUGUAAGUGAAUUCAUAACGAACAAAGUGCUCUAAAGUUAACUGCUUUAAGUGAACAGAAAAUCGUUCACAACCAGCCGGCUCAUGGCCGCUUACUCGUUUUGACAGAAGGUUCAAACGGGAAUUUUUUUUUAAAGUUGUUCGCCUUUAAAGGCGGCUUUCAGUACAACCACUGCCGCUAAUUUUCAAGAGCAAAUAAACAAUUUGCUAUGUUUGCGUCGUUUCCAAAUGGGGACAAAGGGCUCCAUAAAAAGUCUCAGAUCAUUGUUUUCGCAGUGUCUUCACCAAAAACUAAUAUAAAACCCUAUAUUCUUAACCUCCUGCAUGAGGUCUCGAACUAAUAAAGCUAACGAGGAAAAACUCUAAGCCCUCUUUCUUAGCUAUAGCCCUAUAGCCCUAGCCUAGCCCUAACCUAACUAUAACUAACUCUAACCUCUACCUAAGACCCCAGACCCUUUACUCUUACUGUUGUUUUUACCUUUAUCCCAAACCAGACCCAGCUCGCCUUUCGCCUUUAUCUUCUACCACGGAGCCUUUCCUGGUCCCAAGCUAGGUCCUGAAGGUGGCCACUUAGAGGAGUGGGACUGUGUAAAAUCUCCUGACCCAGGU